AUUGUUAUUCUACUAUUUGCCACGGAUUUUAUUUUAGAUAAAAAUGGAGGAGAUGGAUAUGGGAAGUGAAGAGAAUAACGAUAAGACGCUACACGAAAAUUCGAUGAACAAUAAAGAGGACAAAUCAGAAUUGGUUGAAAGUGAAGUCGAAGAAAAUAUGGAUGAUGAUCUUGAUGAUGAUCAGGAUGAAGAAGAUGACGAAGAAGAUGACGACGGAGAUGCAGAUGAGGCUGAAGUUAGAGUAUUAGAAACAUCUCUCGCGGAAAAUCCGUACGAUUAUGCAAGCCAUGUAGCCCUUAUCAACAAAUUACAAAAAAUGGGCGAAUUAGAACGAUUACGUAUUGCUAGAGAAAAUAUGAACACUAAAUAUCCUUUAAGUCCUGAACUUUGGCUAUCUUGGAUGCGUGAUGAAAUUAAAUUAGCAACCACACCAGAGCAGAAAGCUGAAGUAAUAAAACUAUGUGAUCGCGCAGUUAAAGAUUAUCUAUCUGUUGAAGUAUGGCUAGAAUAUUUGCAAUUUAGCAUUGGCAAUAUGGGUACUGAAAAAGAUGCAGCAAAGAAUGUCAGACAACUGUUUGAACAAGCAUUAACAGCUGUUGGAUUACAUACUAUUAAGGGUGCAAUAAUAUGGGAAGCAUUUCGAGAGUUUGAAGCUGUAUUAUAUGCACUGAUUGAUCCUUCAAAUGAAGCUGAAAGGAAAGAACAAUUGGAACGUAUUGGAAACCUAUUCAAAAGACAAUUAGCUUGUCCUCUCUUAGAUAUGGAAAAAACGUAUGAAGAAUAUGAAGCAUGGCACAAUGGGGAUGGUGCAGCUGCUACUAUUGAUAAUAAAAUUGUUACUGGAGGAUAUGAUCGUGCACUCUCAAAGCUUAAUCUUCGUUUACCUUAUGAAGAAAAAAUUGUGUCUGCACAAGCUGAGAAGGAACUUCUAGACUCAUACAAAAUGUAUUUAUCAUAUGAACUACAAAGUGGAGAUCCUGGUCGAAUUACAGUUCUAUAUGAAAGAGCAAUCACUGAUCUUAGUUUAGAAAUGUCAAUUUGGCUUGAUUACCUUAAAUAUCUAGAUGAAAAUAUCAAAAUCGAAUCUAUCAUAGAUCAGGUAUAUCAAAGAGCUUCAAGAAAUGUUCCAUGGUGUGUAAAGAUAUGGCAAAGAUGGAUAAGAUCUUAUGAGAAGUGGGGAAAGUCUGUAUUAGAAGUUCAAACGUUAUUAGAAAAUGCUUUAUCAGCAGGAUUUUCUACUGCAGAUGAUUAUCGAAAUUUAUGGAUAACGUAUCUGGAAUAUUUACGGCGGAAAAUUGAUCGAUAUUCUGAUUCCGAAGAAAAGCAAUUAGAUGUAUUGCGUAAUGCUUUCAAUAGAGCUUGUGAGCACUUGGCAAAAUCGUUUGGUUUAGAAGGAGAUCCUAAUUGUAUUAUAUUACAAUAUUGGGCAAGAACUGAAGCUAUACAUGCUAAUAACAUGGAAAAAGCUAGGUCGUUAUGGGCCGACAUUUUAUCACAAGGACAUUCCGCAAUAGCAUCUUACUGGUUAGAAUAUAUUUCAUUAGAAAGAUGUUAUGGAGAUACCAAGCAUCUAAGAAAAUUGUUCCAAAAAGCUUUAACUUCGGUAAGGGAUUGGCCAGAAAGCAUAGCAAAUUCUUGGAUAGAUUUUGAACGAGAUGAAGGAACAUUAGAACAAAUGGAAAUAUGUGAAAUACGAACAAAAGAAAAAUUAGAUAAAGUUGCUGAGGAAAGACAAAAAGCACCACAAAUGUCUAAUUCAGAGUUAUUGUCAUUGAAUAAGAAAGCUCAUAAGAGGAAACAGGAUGAAAGUGGUAAAUGGAAGAAUUUAGGAGGUUCCCCAACAAAAAUUACAAAAGUUGAAACACAGAUAAAACCAAAGAUAAGAGAAAGUCGUUUAAAUCUCGAAAAGAAAAUUAAUGCCGAUGUUGAAGAACAAAGAACAAAAAUUACACCGCCACCUGGUUUUAAAACGCCGGAAAAUGAAAAAAUGGAAAUAGAAAAUAUGCAUGAAGUAGAUGACAAAACUACAGUUUUCAUAAGUAAUUUAGACUAUACUGCAACCGAAGAGGAAGUUAGAAAUGCUUUAGAACCGGCUGGUCCGAUUACAAUGUUUAAGAUGAUAAGAGAUUAUAAAGGACGUAGCAAAGGAUAUUGCUAUGUACAACUCAAUUCCGUGGAAGCAGUUGAAAAGGCUUUACAGUUGGAUAGAACUACUAUAAAAGGACGUCCAAUGUUUGUUUCAAGAUGUGAUCCAAACAGAACGAAGGGAUCUGGAUUUAAAUACAGUAACACUCUUGAGAAAAAUAAACUUUUUCUUAAAGGACUUCCGCUAUCGACAACAAAAGACGAGCUUGAAGAAAUUUUCAACGUUUAUGGGAUACUAAAGGAAGUUCGCAUAGUUACCUACCGUAAUGGUCAUUCUAAAGGAUUAGCUUACGUUGAAUUUGAAGACGAAAAUAGUGCCGCGAAGGCACUUCUAGCCACUGAUGGGAUGAAAAUCGGUGAGAAAGUAAUUAGCGUAGCCAUAAGCCAACCGCCUGAACGCAAAAAGAUUCCGGCGACCGAAGAACUAUUUCCAAUUAAGUCGCUAGGUGGUACUACAGUAAGCAGAUCUACAUUUGGUAUGCCCAAAACACUAUUGUCUAUGGUACCCCGUACUGUCAAAAUCGCUGCUACUAACGGAAGUGCAAAUGUGACUGGAAAUGGUGUCGCUCCAAAAAUGAGUAACCAAGAUUUUAGAAAUAUGUUACUGAAUAAAAAAUAA